UGUUGCUGAUUCAACAAAGAUAUCAAGCAGAUCGUUGGAAGGAAAGAAGAAAUUACCUGCAGUCUUUGACCCGCUCUCACCGCUAAUCUCUUCAUAAGUUCCCAAAUUUUCUCAACGAUUACUAAACUAAUCCCGAAACAGAGUCUGCUCCACCCUUCCACACCGUUACGAUCCCCUUGCUAACGCUUUCUUGAUUUUUGCCCUAAAUCCAUGGGGCAGGAGGAGCUCAGCGACGUCUCUCCUCUCUCCGAAACCGAUCACAUGGCCGCGAAUCUCUACAAAAGCAACGAUAAGGACUCCGGCGCCGGCGAUUCGCCGCGAAGCGAAGAUUUGUGUGUGAAGAACGCUGCAGAUGAGGCGGGGAAUAACGUUUCGAAACUUGAAACGCUCCUGCGUCCGCCGUCUCAUUUCCCGCAGCCGGAGGCGCCGGCUGGGCUGAUGAGGUCACCUUCGAGCGGCGACGAAAAUUACCUUCCCCUCGAUCGAUCGAUGUCAUUGACAUCGUCGACUGCCAUGGACAUGGCAUCGUUCGGAAAGUUUAUCCGAGACAGGGGAAAUAGCUUCUCUGCCGCAAUCGUGAAGCGGAUCUCAUCGCUGAAGGAAGGGGACGAUGCGGCAAAAUCGGUGACGGAGUUCCAUCUCUCCGGCCUUAAGGUCAUCGUCCGCCUCAAGGAUGAAGAGGACGAUGGCGAUUAUGGGGACAUUAAGGGUCGAAUCAGCUUCUUCUCUCGCUCCGGAUGCCGAGACUGCGGUGCCGUUAGGUCAUUUUUCCGAUCGAAGGGGUUACCCUUUGUAGAAAUCAACGUAGACGUGUUCACGGAAAGGGAGAAGGAGCUGGUUGAUCGAACGGGUGGUGUCGCCGUUCCGGCGAUCUUCUUCAACGAGAGGCUCGUCGGCGGGUUGGUGGCUCUGAACUCGCUGAGAAACAGCGGUGAGUUCGAGCGGAGGAUGAGGGAGAUGGCCGGGAAAAGGUGCCCUGACAUUGCACCGAGGGUUCCGGUUUAUGGAUUUGACGACGAAGAUGAGGCAAAGGAGCGGCGAGAGGAUGCCAUGGUAGGGGUGAUUAGGGUUUUGCGGCAGCGUCUGCCGAUUCAGGAUCGGAUCACGAAGAUGAAGCUCGUCAAGAACUGCUUCGCCGGAGCCGAUAUGGUCGAGGUCCUCAUCAACCAUCUCGAUUGCAGCCGGCAAAAGGCGGUAGAAAUUGGAAAAGAACUAGCAAGGAGGUAUUUCAUACACCAUGUCUUCCGAGAUAACGACUUCGAAGACAGUAACAACCAAUUCUACCGCUUUCUUGAGCACGACCCGUCCAUUUCUAAAUGCUUCAACUUUAGAAUCACAACCAACGACGACCAACCGAAACCAGCCCUCGCCGUCAGCCACCGCCUCACCAAACUGAUGUCCGCCAUCCUCGAAGCCUACGCCUCCGAAGAUCACAGCCACCUCGACUACAAUCGCAUUGGCUCCAGCGAGGAGUUCCGAAGGUACACGAAUGUUGUGCAGGACCUUCAGCGUGUGGACAUCUUCAGCCUUUCGACGGACGAAAGAACCGCCUUCUUCCUCAACCUUUACAACGCGAUGGUCAUCCACGCCAAUAUAAGGAUCGGCCGCCCUGGGACUAUUGAUCGGAGAUCUUUCUUCAAUGACUUCCUGUAUAUUGUGGGAGGAUACCCUUACUCGCUUUCAGCCAUUAAGGACGGUAUUCUUCGAUCAAAUCGCAGGUCUCCUUACUCCUUUGUUAAGCCUCUUAGCUCCUCCGACCGCCGCUUGGAGCUGGUGCUUCCGAAGGUGAAUCCUUUGAUACAUUUUGGACUCUGUAACGGAGCGCGGUCGAGCCCAAGGGUGCGCUUCUUCUCGGCCCAAGGUGUGGAGGUUGAACUACGGCACUCUGCUAGGGAGUUCUUCUCUAAUGGCGGACUGGAGGUGGAUCUGGAGAAGAGAGUCGUUCAUCUUACUAGAAUCAUCAAAUGGUACAGUGCAGAUUUUGGACAGGAUAAGGACAUUCUGCAAUGGGUUCUGGGCUACCUGGACGCAAACAAAACCGGGCUCUUAACGCAUCUUCUGAACGAUGGAGGUCCAGUGAAUAUAGUCUAUCAGAAUUUUGAUUGGUCCUUGAACUCUUAGAUUCUCAGCUCAAAAUUUUUCUGGAUUCAGCGAAGAAGAAAGUGAAGAAUCCAAUAUAGUAGUGAAAAAGAAUUUUUAACGCAACAAGUUAUUUCCAUAUAUGCUGCAUUAUUAAAGCAUUGGUGCUGCUUCUGAAGAAGCAGAAUUUAGGACGCGUUCAAAUACUACAGGUAAAGCGUAUAAAAUCUCUGACUAUAUAUUCUUCUAUGAGGAGUGUUUAGGAGAUGAUUUUUGUUUCUCUUCUUUUCUCCCUGGAAAUACCAACCAGUUUGCAGUGGAUUGCGCAUCUUGUUCCUUAUGCUUGUAUGGAUGAAGAUGCCAUAUGGGAGUGUUUUGUGUGCCUAUCUAAUAAAAGUUGUGAAUUUCUAUUUUACAAGUGAACUAUUUAAGAAGAGAUUAUAUAUAUAA